AUGAUGCAAAACAAGGCGACGCAGCAGGAGGAGAAAACGUUGGUGCUGUGGCACAUCAACAGCUGUCCGAUUCCCGAUGGUUUCGAUCCUCGUCUGAUCGGUCGGAGAAUAGAAUCUGCGUUGAAGAAAUCAGGCUACUGUAAUGGUCCUCUCACCAUCACUGCCAUUGGCGACCUAAGACAGACACCUGUCACCCCUAGUGACGAGGUCCUGCGAGAGAUUUCUUCCACUGGAAUCGCUCUUCACCACGGCGAAGAUGAAGUAGAUUCAGGGACUAGGGAUAAUGAACAGGAGACAACAAGACUUGUUCUUCCGGACCUCUGCCCUAGAAAAACAAAAUCUCCCUGGUAUUGCUCAGUAUGCAGGUUUGCUUCCCAAAGCUUUGAUGAUUUCACCACGCAUCUCAAGAGUGUUAAACAUGCAUAUGGAGAGUGGGACGGUUUGGCUAGUCACCAUGGUAUAAAUCGUUUAAAUGUAAAGCCUGGACCUCCAAACAAUGACCCUGAAACCAUAAAGGCAAGCUUUCACAUGUUUUCCUUUCAAAGAAGAUGCCUCUCUGAUUUCCACUUGGUUGUCAUGCAGGAGUGGGACUUGCUGGACGAGCUGAUAAUGCACAAGGAUAAGAAGGACAAUAAAACGUUGGUGUUGUGGGACAUCAACAGCUGUCCCAUUCCCGAUGGUUAUGAUUCUCGUCUGGUCCGUUCGAGAAUAGAAUCUGCGGCUAAGGAUUCAGGCUUCUCUGGUUCUUUGACCAUCACUGCCAUUAGCGACCUAACACAUACACCUGAUGACAAGGUCCUGCGAGAGCUUUCUUCCGCUGGAAUCGCUUUUAAACAUACCGGCAAUGUUGAAGCGGAUUUUUGUGCAUGGUCCCGUUGGAAUCCACCUCCGGCUACUAUAAUGCUCAUAAUCGGUCCUUCUCAACUGGUCGACUUAUGUCCUGUACUUCGCCAGCUACACGAUGAGGGAUACACAAUUCUUCUGGCAUAUCCUCGAGGAGAUCCUGCUCUAAACUGUCUCUGGACAGACUUGCUGCGUAUUGUUGAAAAAGAGUGGCUCUGGAAAAGCUUACUGGAAGGGGCUACGGAUAAUAUUCAGGAGACAACAAGACCUGUUCUUCCGGGUAAAUCUUCCUGGUAUUGCUCAUUGUGCCUUUUUCAUGCCCAAAGCUCUGAAGAUCUCAUCAGGCAUGUCAAGAGUGUAAACCAUGCAUUCACUGAUUGGGACCUCAUGGCUGUCUCAAAGGCUAGUCACCAAGGUGAAAUGGAUUCAUGA